AUGCACCCCAGUCUCUCCCUCACCACCUCGUUCCCCUCUUCUUCGCGCAACAACCGCCUCCCCACCUCUACAACAACAUCCCCCGCCUCCUCCGCCUCCCCAUCGGCCUCCUCCCCAUUCAGCUUCCGCCUCUUCCACCCCCACCGCGGCGCCAGCCCCAGCAGCACCGGAAGCAUAAGCGCAAACAGAAGCAGGAGUACAAGCCCCCUCCGCCUCUCCGCACUCUUCCUCCGCCGGCGCCCCUCAAAAGUCGACCUGGCGCUCAGCGCAGAACGAACCCGGUGCGACGGCGACGCUAUCGAGCGCCAGGGACUGGAUCUCAUGGAGCCGAGGCCUGUUGAUCCCGUCGAUUACCGGCUGCCCAUGGAUGGGAGUAUCUUUGCGUCUUCUGCGUUUCCGCAGGGGUUUGAAGCUUCUCGGGGAAGGUCGUCUUUGCAGAGUCAGCUUCACAAUCAGCCGUAUGAUUCUCAGAGGGGACUUGGGUUUGUUCGGCCGCGGUUUGUGAUGGGGGGUAUUUUUGAGGUUAUGGAGGGGAGGGAUUAG